AUGGGAGAAGAAACAGUUGACUUAUCAAAAUCUCUUUAUGAUCAAGACACAUUUUCCGGCCGCGCUGCUCAUUUCUACCGCUCAGUAAAUCCAAUUAACAUCGUCAGAGAUCAUGUCGCAGCGAAAGAACUCAUCGAGCGAGUAAAAAUCAACAAGGGAGUAGUUCCAGAAGGAGUGACAAAGGCUCAAGUUUGGGAUGCCAAGUACAUUUACGAGUCGGCGUAUCAUCCGUCUACUGGAGAGCUGACUUUUCUCCCUGGUCGAAUGAGCUUUCAAGCUCCGGGAAACUGUAUAAUCGCCUCGGGAAUGAUCAUUUUCUACAGAACUCCGAUUCAGGCGAUCACAGGUCAAUUCAUUAAUCAGAGCUUCAACUCGACGGUUAACUACUGUAACUCACCAAGACCCGUUUUCGUCCCUCAAGACUUUCUCGUUGCUGCUGGAUCAGCUUGUGCAGCUGCUUUUGGUUUGAACAAAGCCGCUUCUCGAUUUCCCCCAAUUAUCGCCCGACUCGUCCCCUUCGGAGCAGUCGCUGUGGCAAAUGGAAUCAACCUUCCUUACAUGCGAAGAAAUGAGUGCUUUGGAAGAGGAAUGCCGCUGGAAGAUGAUGAUGGAAAUGUGGUUGGCUACAGCCCGAGUUUGGGAAAAGAAAGUAUCGCGAAAGUCGUUCUUUCGAGAAUUUUGAUGGCGACUCCGACGAUGGUGGUUCCUCCUGUUGUUGUCACCCAAUUACAGAAACCUGGUCGUCUUCUCGCUCGAAAUCCAGCUCUGGCAAAUCCGCUAACCGUCCUUCUCAUCGGCCUCUCCCUGGUGGUCGCUACUCCUGCUUGCUGCGCAAUCUGGCCGCAGCGAAUUUCAACCUCGAUCGAAAACCUUGAGCCCGAACUCGCCGCUGAUCUGCGCGAAAAAGGCAUUAAAACUGUUCAUUUCAAUAAAGGCUUGUAA